AUGCGUGGAGCAAUCUACGGAAUGUUGAAUAAAUAUAACGAAUCACUUUCCGACCUUAAUAUAUAUCUAAAAAUAAAACCAAAUAACGCCAAAGCAUUAGGAAUUUGUGGAAAAAUUUAUGGAAUGUUAAAUAAAUAUAACGAAUCAAUUUCAGAACUCAGUAAAUCACUAGAAAUAGAACCAAAUAACCCUGACGCAUUGAUGAGUCGUAGAGUAGCCUACUUAAUAUUAAAUAAAAAUAAAGAAUCUUUUUCAGAUCUCAAUAAAUCCUUGGAAAUAGAACCGAAUAACGUCAAAGCAUUAAUAAAACCAUUGAGAAAUCGUGGAACAAUAUACGGAGUGUUGGGAAAAUACAAUGAACCUCUUUCAUACCUCAAUAAAUCGCUAGAAAUUGAAUCAAAUAAUGCUGACGCGUUAACGACUCGUAGAAAAGGUUUCUUGGAGAAAUCUACGGAAUGUUGUAUAGAUACAAAGAAUCGCUUUCAGAUCUCACUAGAAAUAGAACCAAAUAAUGCCGACACAUUGAGGAUUCGUGGAGAAACUUACUUAAAAUUAAAUAAUCACAAUAAAUCACUUUUGGAUCUUAAUAGAUUCCUAGAAACAAAACCAAACAAUGCCGACAUAUUGAUCAUUCGUGGAAUAACCUACAAAAUGUUGAAAAAAUAUGACGAAUCACUUUCAGAUCUCAAUAAAUCACUAUAA